GGGAGACUGACAGGAGGCCAAGCAGGACACAGCAAUGGAGGAGUUUGAGGACAUAAGCAAUGCCAGCUUUCGUCUGGACAUGUGGGACAUGGACACCGUGGAGUCCGUCAGACAGAAGCUCGGGGAGCUCACAGAUCUGCAUGGGCUGCGAAGGAUCUUUAAGGAGGCCCGGAAGGACAAAGGCCAGGAUGACUUUCUGGGGAAUGUGGUUCUGAGACUACAGGUGUGGGCAUCCCCUGCCUGCCCGGCCUGCCAGGACCUGCACUGCCGGGAGGAUCAGUGGUAUCCUCUAGAGCCUUGCACGGAGACCCACCCAGACCGCGGUCAGUGUCACCUCCAGUUCCAGUUCAUUCACAAGCGGAGAGCCACCACGGCCAGCCGCUCGCAGCCCAGCUACACAGUGCACCUCCACCUGCUGCAGCAGCUCGUGUCCCACGAGGUCACCCAGCACCAGGCGGCCAGCACCUCCUGGGAUGGGUUGCUGAGCCCCCAGGCUGCCACCGUCCUCUUCCUCCACUCCACGCAGAAGGACCUGUCCGACUUCCACCGGUCCAUGGCGCAGUGGAUGGCCUACAGCCGUCUCUACCAGAGCCUAGAGUUCCCCAGCAGCUGCCUCCUGUACCCCAUCACCAGCAUCGAGUACCAGUGGAUCCAGGGCCGGCUCAAGGCAGAGCAGCUGGAGGAGCUGGCCGCCUCAUUCAGCUCCCUGCUGGCCUAUGGCCUCUCCCUCAUCCGGAGGUUCCGGUCUGUCUUCCCCCUCUCCGUCUCCGACUCUCCAGCCCGGCUGCAGUCUCUCCUCAGGGUCCUGGUACAGAUGUGCAAGAUGAAGGCCUUUGGAGAACUGUGCCCCGAAAGUGGCCCCCUGCCCCGCCUGGUGACCGAGGCACUGCAGACUGGCACCACUGAAUGGUUCCACCUAAAGCAGCAGCACCAUCAGCCCAUCGUGCAGGGCAUGCUGGAGGCGGGCAAGGCCUUACUGAGCCUGGUACAAGACAUCAUUGGCGACCUGCACCAGUGCCAGCGCACGUGGAACAAGAUCUUCCAUAAUGUCCUCAAGAUCGACCUCUUCUCCAUGGCUUUCCUGGAGCUGCAAUGGCUGGUGGCCAAGAGGGUGCAGGACCACAUUGCGGUGGUGAGCAGUGCCGUGACCCCGGAGAUGGGCGAAAGUCUGUUCCAGCUUUACGUCAGCCUCAAGGAGCUCUACCAGCUGGGCCCGGUCCCCUCGGAGAGGGAUGGCGUCCUGGCCCUGGAAGGCUUCUACCGCUGGUUCCAGCCGGCCAUCCCCUCCUGGCUGCAGAAGACGUACAGCGUGGCCCUGGCGCGGGUGCAGCGUGCUGUGCAGAUGGACGAGCUGGUGCCCCUGGGUGAGCUGACCAAGCACAGCACAUCGGCUGUGGAUCUGUCCACCUGCUUUGCCCAGAUCAGCCACACUGCCCAGCAGCUGGACUGGCCUGACCCAGAGGAGGCCUUCAUGAUCACCGUCAAGUUUGUGGAGGACACCUGUCGGCUGGCCCUGGUGUACUGCAGCCUUAUAAAGGCCCGGGCCCGUGAGCUCUCUGCCGGCCAGAAGGACCAAGGCCAGGCAGCCAACAUGGAAGCUCGGCAUCCCUGUGCCCAUGCCUGCCUGCAGCUAUGUGUGGUGGUGAAUGACAUGGAGCAGCUGCGGCUGGUGAUCGGCAAGCUGCCCACCCAGCUGGCAUGGGAGGCGCUGGAGCAGCGGGUAGGGACUGUGCUGGAGCAGGGGCAGCUGCAGAACACGCUGCAUGCCCAGCUGCAGGGUGCCCUGGCUGGGCUGGGCCAUGAGAUCCGCACUGGCGUCCGCACCUUGGCCGAGCAGCUGGAGGUGGGCAUUGCCAAGCACAUCCAGAAACUCGUGGGCAUCAAGGAAUCCGUCCUGCCUGAGGAUGCCGUUCUGCCCCUGAUGAAGUUCCUGGAGGUGAAGCUCUGCUACAUGAACACCAACUUGGUGCAGGAGAACUUCAGCAGCCUUCUGACCUUGCUCUGGACCCACACGCUCACGGUGUUGGCGGAGGUGGCCGCUUCCCAGCGGAGCUGCCCUCUGGCUUCUAGCAGGCUGAAGAUCGCACUACAGAACCUGGAGAUCUGCUUCUACGCAGAGGGCUGUGGCCUGCCGCCCGAGGCCCUGCACACGGCCACCUUCCAGGCUCUGCAGAGGGACCUGGAGCUGCAGGCGGCCCCCAGCCGGGAACUCAUCCAGAAGUACUUUUGCGGCCGCAUCCAGCAGCAGGCAGAGACCACCUCCGAGGAGCUCGGGGCAGUCACGGUCAAGGUCUCCUACCGCGCCUCCGAGCAGAAGCUGCACGUGGAGCUGCUCAGCGCCUCCAGCCUGCUGCCCCUGGACUCCAAUGGUUCCAGCGACCCCUUUGUCCAGCUGACCUUGGAGCCCAGGCACGAGUUCCCUGAGCUGGCCCCCCGAGAGACCCAAAAGCACAAGAAGGACCUACACCCACUGUUCGAUGAGACCUUUGAAUUCCUGGUGCCUGCUGAGCUGUGCCAGAAGGAUGGGGCGUGCCUUCUGCUCACGGUGCUGGACCACGACACGCUGGGGGCUGAUGACCUUGAAGGGGAGGCCUUCCUGCCGCUGCGCUCGGUGCCGGGCCUGACGGGGACUGUGGAGCCCGGCGACGUGCCUCAGACCCGCCUGCCCCUCACCUACCCUGCUGCACCCAAUGCCAGGAUGUUCUGGGACCAAACGGAUUUAAGAGAGUCUGUCCUCCAAGCAACACAAGUGCACCUACGUGACCAACGUCGUCCUGUAUGGAGAUACGAGGCUCUCUGCCCUGUCCCGGAGGCGAGAACUUGGGAUCCCUGCUGUGGCAACCCUGGCCAGCAGCAAGCUCCACCUGUGCUUCUCCUCCCGCUCGGGUGGCAUUUCCUCUCGUGGAGAGGAGCCACUUCCUCGGGGAGCCCCACCCAGGUUAGGUCCCUCUAUUAUUCUGAAUCGCAGCACCCAGCCUGUUGCCUCCGCACGACAGCGAUGGUCUCUAAGUAUGAUGUAAUGCCUGGGCGCCUCUGCCUCUCCCAAGAGACCACGGCUCCAUGCCAGCAGGGACUGCUGAGCUCACCUCGUAUCCGUAACUAUGUGCAGACGGAAGGAACGCGUGGCCAGUAAGUAGGGCCGCAGCCGAGAUGCCUCCAGAAAGUGGGCAAGCCAGACAAACGAACAGUCAGCAUCUGAAGCUGACAGCAACCACGCCAACUGUGAAGGUGCUGCCCUGAUCUUCAGGGAGAUUAGGGAAGGACCCAAACCUGGUCAGAAUGUCAAAGGGCAGCUCAGAGGCUCAGGCUCAGUGUGACCAGGAUGCCCAGCACCCUCAGGGAGGGUGUUUCUGAUCUCCUUGAACAGCUGCUGGGGGAGGGGAGGGGGAAGUAAGAGUAGCAGCUGCUGCUGCUGAAUGAGACGCAGCAGGCUGGGCGUCUGCUGCUUUCCAUCUGUUACUUCGGCAGACGUUCGCUCGCGCUGGCCCCACGCACACACGCAGGUCUCCACCCGCGCUUCUAGACCCUCUGCUGUGACGUGCCCUCCAGAGCCCCUGGUCCACACAGUUCUAACGCUGGGUUCAGCAAACAGCCUUUGGGGCUACAGCUGGGUCCGCUUGGUGCUUCUGCUGGACAGGGAGGCUGCCCUGCACCAGGGCUGAGCCUGUUCAGACCUCUCCGUUGGCCCCAAGGAACUCUGGGCGACUAGGCAGAGCCGCCACACUGGCACGGAGAGCAGACCUAGGCCCUGGCAACUCUGAGGGCACGCUUCUCACUGUGCACUGGCCCGGGGCCUAGCACUUCACUCAUGUUAUUUCAUUUAAGCCUCACAACCACCACACGAGGUGGAUGCUGCCGUUAUACCCAUUUCACAGAGGAAACUAAGGCAGAGAGGCUAAGUCGCUUGUCCAGGUUCACACACCUCAGAGAUUCCACACCAGGGCCUGACUCGCCUCCGUGACCAGAGCCCCUACUCUAACCUCCACUCUGCACUGCCUCUAGCCGUGGACAAAAUGGCCAAAGGCACUUUCCAAAAGCCCAGAUUCCUGCCCCAGGCCUUAGAGAGCCAUACCCCCUCUUACCCAAAGAUCCAUGUGAUGCUGAGGUCCCCAAAAAUGUGUUUUCUGACUGGCUCAGGUGGCCCUGGGGCUGCUGCAGGAAAUGCGAGGAGAGGCUGACAGGAGGGGACGGGGAUGCUGAGUGGAAGGAAGCAGAGCUGCUCAAGGAGCCAGGGAUGUUCACAGGCGCGGAGCUCUGCAGCAAACUGCCGCCUGCAAGAGAGGCCCAGGAAUGCGGCCGAGUGAGGGCUGGGCAAGCCAUGUGGGGCCGCACUGAGCAGGGGAUGGCUCAUCUGCCCACCCCCUGGGCCAGGCUGGACCCCAGGGGCCCUCCCAAGCCAUCCUGCCCACCCAUGCCCCAGUACCGAUUGUGAUGCUGCCUGGGUGGGGCACCGUGCUGUUAUCGAAAGUCUUCUCUAGGGCAGCUACCCCGAACUCGUUCAGGUCCAGGUCAUCCAGGGCAGACUCUAGAGACAGAGUGACUGGAAUAUGAGCCUCCCAGCCUCCCGAGGGCCCACACAGUCCCGAGGUUCCAGGCCUCACCUCCUGGACCCACCUGCCCUUUACUGCCUCUACUCCUGCCCCUGCCUCAUCUUCGAGCUCAGUCCCACUGCAGCUGUGCUCGCUCAAGCCUCUGCUUGGGCCUGGGCUGUCCCUCUGCCAACACCGAUCCCCCUAGCCAAGUCCUGCUCAAAUGGCUCUCCUUUUGGAAGCCUUCUUCGAUACGCCCGGGGGAAAUGAGUUCUAAUCCAGCUGACAGAGUUCUUGUCCCCUGACGUUACAGCUUGUAUGUCUCACCCCUGAGCUCACUGAGGGCAGGCAGGUCUCUGGACCCUCAGUGGCUAGUGCACAGUAGUUGCCCAACAAAUGUCCACUGCGCUCUGAGGAACUGGACUGGGAGGGCAGGAACAGCAUGUCUUCAUCUCUGUCACCCCAGUGCCUGCAAUAGGACCUAGCACAAAGUGGCACCCAUAAAUGACUGCUGAAAGAGAAGGGCAGUGGCUUCUAAUGACCAGGAACUCUAAGGACAGCUGUGCAGGUUUUUCACAAGGAUACCUAGCUGGGGUUGAAUGACAUAUGUCGUGGAAUGAGACUGCACAUACCCAGGGGAAGAGGCAUCUAUUUCUAAUCUGCACAAAAGAGCAAACUGGAGGGCUAAUUUGCUAUAAAGGCUAGUCUUGGCCCUACACCUUGGGCUCAUGUUCCAUUUAGAUCAAAGCGCUCAGAAUGCCCACCCUCUGACGCUCCCAAGACAGAUGUCUAAAGUGACCAGUAUGCUGGUUUGAGUCUCACUCCAGAGACCUAGUAUCUCUGACUCCAGACCUGCUCCUAGACUUACCUAUGACCGACUCUACCGUGUCGCUGGUGGGGUAGAAGGGCAGAGCGUUUGCAUUCAUGCCAGGAACACUGCUGGUGCCGGCGGGGCUAGGGGGAGUAGCUGCUAGGCUGGAGGUGAUACUAGAAGAGAUGCUUGAGGUCAGGGGGCUGCCCACAGGGAGGAUGCCCAGCAUAUCCUGCAACGAGACAGUGAAGAAGAGACAUAGUGGGAUGGCUGCCCACGGAUCGGGGCUGGAGGCGGGGGCUGGCUAGGGCAGAAGGGAAGCGUGCAUCCCAGCUCUCGCCUGGUUGCCCUCAACACCUCGUGGGGAGGCUGACGUUGGACAGGUGUGGCUUGGAGGCUGCAGGGCCUACUCAUCCCUAAGGCUCUGCAGUAGGGGAGGGAGAAGCAAGUUCAGUGCAAGGACAGAUGUUUAAUAAAUACUUUGUUUGACUGGCUAAUGAGUGAGUCCGGAGGUGAGGGGCUCAAGGGCCUGACUCCCACCCUCUCUGAAUUUGGGGCUGAGGCCCCACCUUAAUCCUGCCCUCAGUUUGUAGAGAAAGCGGUGCCCCGUGCUCCCCAAAGAAGCCUCCUGGGGCUCUGGGCCUGUCCUGUCCACAGUAGGUGCCAGAAGGGGAGAAAGGGGGCUGAGGGCUCUAUACCUGUUUGGGCUGAAGCAGAGGCUGCUCUUGACUCCUGGGCUCUAGUGAGUGGGGUUUUAACUUGGCCUGAGAGAAAAGUCAGGGAGCAGGAGAUGAAUGUGGUGCUAGGGAGGGACCCUGAGCCCAUGAGUCCUCCUAAGCAUCAACUUGCCAUGGCUGAGGGGGAAGGAGGCACCAGACACCUGUUGGACGGCCCCCCUUCACACACAUGCACCCCCCUUCCCACCCUGGGAACCCGGGGGGCUGCUCCUCUCCUCCCUGGGACUCCAGGUCACAGAUAAGCCAGUUCCACACCCCUCUUGUCCUGCUCCCCAAGGCCCUGAUGUCCCAUCAAGGCAGCACAGGGCAGGGCAAAGUCUGGACAUGGGGUCAGAAGACUGAGGUAGUAACCCCUUCCCCUCUAUUAACUGGCUCUGGCACUGGGUGAGGUGCUCAGCCUCUAACCUGCCUGUCUUCCUCUGUGAAAUGGGAUGGCCUCACCCACUCUGCUCAGUCUUGAAGAGGCUGGGAACAGGGGCUUCCUAGCUCCCAGUCACAUUCCCCAUAGCUGGGCCAGGACAACCCUCCAGAUGUUCUCUUGCCGCAUGCAGAAGGUUAGCCCAUGCUAACCUCACUGGGCUGCCGCCUUAUCCCUUACCUGGCAUUUCAAAGUUUUCAGGUACUCAGCUCCCACCUGGUCUUCCCUCUCGAAGCCAGGAGCCUUCUUAUAACUGCCAGGGGCGAGGCCAGACUCCCCAGGAAAGACAAUGCCUUCCAGAUUUGGGGGCUUCCUGAUGGAGCCCGGUGGGGAGCCACAGAGGUUAGAUGGGCUGCCGAGGCUGCUGUUUCUACAGAGGAGCUGCAGAGAAGGAAGAGAGUAGGCUGGGGGGCAAAAUGCAGGCUGGGGCAUGGCCCAUUCUCCAUCCCUGUGUGGGAGGGAGAUCCUUCAUCAAGAGGCUCAGUUCCUUCUUAAUUGGCCAGGGGGCAGCAACCACCACCCAGGACCCAGAACCCCAUGUGGAAGCUGUGUGUUGGGGGGCGGAGAGGGUUUGUCCCUUCUACUACCUGUGAUCAGCUCUACCCAGGCUGAUCGCAGGGCUCCGGGGACACCACUCCAGCCACUAUCAGCUUUUGACAGAGAGAAGAACCCUGAGGCAGAAAGGGCAGAACCCUUGGGCGAAGGCCUCCUCCCCAGGCACAGGGCACGAGAGGCAGGUGUUGGCUCUGGACGGGCAUGGUGCCCACCCCACCCCCUGGACAGGCACGUACAGCGCUGAGGUCAGGGGCAUGCGGGCUGGAAGGGCUCACGGGCACCGAGUCUCCAGCAGCAGACGGCAUGUACAAGACGGGACCUGGCUGGGUGGGGCUGGACACAGCUGAGGAAGGUUGCAGGUCGUCACUGAGGGGUGGCUCUGCAAGAGACAGGGGCAGGGUGUCAGUAGGCUCCUGAGCCAGCUCUGUCCCUCCAAAAAUGCAUCUGGGUCUCUUUUAAAGGAGAGCAUGCAUCCCCCUGUGUAUAAAGGGAAGGCUCCUGUUUCUAUUAACAUCACGUGCUGUGCACUUACUAUGUUCCAGGCAAUUUGUAUUAAUCGUAAAUCUUCGCAAUGACUGGAAGAUAGAAGUAAUACCAUGGUCUCCAUUUUACAGAUAAGGAAACUGAGGCUCAGAGAGGUUAAGGUAUAUCUCUCCCCAGGGGGCUGAGCUAGGAAACAAAAGAGCUGGGAUUUGAACCCCAAUCCACAUGACUCCAAAGCUUGGGCCAUUCGUUGCUUCCCUGUGCUGCCUUGGCUUGUGCCCACCUCUGAGCCACAUGUGUGCUUCCCACUCCCUGGGGCCUCAGUUUAUUUUUCACUCUAAUCCCAGAGAUAAGGCCUAAGGCUAGAAAGAGGUUAAGGACAAACAGAGCAGUGGCCUGGGGUAGACACAGGUUGUAACUCAAACCCGUCUCUGAGACUGGCGGUGGUGGUCUGGAGCUGCACCGAGCGGUACCGCAGCCCAGGACCACAUGCAGCUGCCGAGCACCCGGAACGUGGCUAGUCUGGAUUGGAACGUGCUGCAGCUAUUCAAGUACACACCAGCUUUCAAAGACUUGGUUUGAAAAAAAAAGGGAAAAUAUCUUGAUUUUAUAUGGACUGUAUUUU